AUCAAUCCCACUGCUCUCCAUCUUUGCUCCCUUACUAGUAGUGUCGCUUUAUGCCUUGCAACUGACGAGAAAAUGCUUCCUUCUCUGUGUUGAUUGCUGCAACCGCACCUACAGGGGGACCGGGUAUUGGGCGUUCCAGCCUGGCCUCCCUCUUGUUCGCGCACUUUAUCCCGUCACGGCCGAUCGCUUCGAACCCUGCUACUCGGCUGUACGGCGGUCAGUCUGGUUUCCAACGGAACCGAGAUGAUACAGCGCGGUUCGUGUGCGGCGAGGCAGUCUUGCCGGACGGGUUUGUGGCUUUUCCAGGGCCUCAGGAAAGAUGCUGGACUUUGGUACAACUCUCGACAAGACUACUGUUAGUAGCAGGCCUAGUGGUGGUACCCUGGUCCAUGAACUCCACGCUGGUCAACACGCUAUCGCCGACCAGGUAAAGGAUCUUUGAUCUUGACCAAGGGGCACGCGCUUGAUGCGUUGGCACGUUUUUUUGCAGCUUGCCUCGCAGCUCCGUCAUUCAGCAUUGCUUCGCUCUCACCCUCUCGUCUCACCGGCUUUUGUCAUCGUCUUUCCCUCCUCCCACAGACGCAGACUUGCGGACACCAGUUCAUCGUUCUCCAGCGUGAUGGUUAUGCAUGUUCCGGUCUGUUCGUCUGCACUCUCCCGUCACCCUUGACUUGUUCAUGAUUUAGGCGGAAACCACCACACAGCCUCCUGUUUUCGAGGGUUUCCUCCAGUCGUUCGUUUUGUACCAAGUCCACUGUUCGCACAAUCUCUUUGAUCUUUCUGGGACACUUCAUUGGCGCUCUAGUGCUACUCUGCGAUCGAUUCUUACUACUGCCGACUUCCGGCGGUGUCGCUACUAGUCAGAUCACAGAAGGCUCCGCCAGCCCAGGCCCGCCCCGAUACUUGGUGUCUAUCCGCUUGGCCCAGCCAGCAGACCGCUCCAAGUGAAGCUCAAAUAAGUGUUGGACGGUCUGUGGACACUGGCACCAGCAAGUCCGCACGCCCGACCGUGUUCACCUGAUGAUACAAUCAUGCAUCAGGCGAAAACAACCUGUGCCCUACAGCCUCAUUUCGGGAUUUCCUGCGACCGCAAUACAGACCGGGUCUACUUGUCCACCGACCAUUGGCUACAAUAAUCCCGUGUUGGGCGAAUAGGCAUUUUGCGCCUCUCUUGAGCCUGCUGCCCAGAUCUCAGGGAACCCACAGCCUGAGCACGUCGCCGUCUUUCUUUACAGUGCCUUGUCCAAGCUCUACCCGGAUUCGCUCUUUGCCUUCCCCCCCUGUACCUCUUGUAACAACAGCGCAUCAAAGUACUUAAUCUUAAUCACACUGGCUUCGCGGCAAAGAAAACCUACGAUUCCUCUUUUGUCUGUCACAACACGAGAUACCCCAGACCAUCCGUUCGUUCAAUACGCAAACAAAAAGACGCCAUCUGCUGGGGAGCUGGCUGUCCAGGAAAAAAGGUUCUAGGCUUGCAGGAUUUGCACAUUCACGGAACGUCCUCGUUUAUCUUUGGACAAAUUCUUGCUGUCUUUGAAAACCAAAACCGCGGUGCCAUCUUUGACGAAGGAGCAAGUUUGAAGGUUUAUGUCCGACUCUGGAGUUUCUCGGCGACACUGGAUUUCAAUUCAUUCUGCAGGCGCUUAAUUUGAAGUCGGGCGGUUAGAGUGGCAUCCACGGGCGGAUCCUGCGUUGUAUUCAUUUUGGAUGGCCUCCUCGGAAGUGGACCAAAAGUUUCUGGGAUAUUUUGCCAAAGUUACCACCACGGAGAACAACUAUCUUUCAAGUUUCCUUUUUCGAGUGCUGGGUCUUUCGGUGAUUUUGGCAGAAAAGCUUCUUCGUGCACGUCGGGCAAAACGGUUGGAUCCUGUUCGGGACCCAAAAGCCCGGCAUCUCAUUCAUCAUAUCCUAUGGCUGGCGCGCGAAGGGCUCGUCAUGAUGGAGCAAUAUGUGCUUCCCAUGGUGCGCAAUUACAUUGAGCUUCGAGUAUUGUCUUAUAAGCUAAGGGCCUCUUUCUACCACAUUUUCGUCUUGUUCCACAACGACCCGCCGGUCAACGACCGAAUCAACCGUUCCAAAUCGGGGUCUUUCUCUCCCUUUCCCGAUCCUUUGUCACCAAAGUCGCCUGGCAAUCCGCGUCCAACAGAACCGACCUUUAGCCCUCACAACAACACCAAUGGCGGCGGUCGACGACGGUCCCCAGCAAUUAGUCUAGGUGCGGCAGUGGGAGGUAUCGCGACACGAACGCCUCCGGGUCUCCCUUUGCCCGCUUCAUAUCCUUACACCGCACACAGCUACACCAAGGGAUCGGGGUCAGGGUCGGCCAAAGAUGUUGGCACGGCGACCUUUUUGCUCCCACUGCAGGAUUACCGACCUUAUGCGACGCAAGCAUUUCGCGAGGCCAAUGAGCUGGCGGAGCGUCUUCUCCCGGGAUCCCAUCCGAUACGCCUCUCGGUCAAAGUCGAAUACGUGGCGUAUAUCUAUGACAGCCUCCACGAUCCCGAGCAGUCGAGGCGCAUGGCCCGAGUGAGCAUCCGACAUGUGUACGAGGCGCAGGAGGGGAUGGACGACGACUCAUUUGAAGAUGCCGCUGAGAUGGUGAGCAUUUUGGGGAGGAUGAUGAAGCGGGGAUUGGGAGGUGAUAGCGGAGGCGGGUCGGGCAGUCAAGGAGAGCAGCAUCAACAUCAGCAUCAGCAACAAUAUCAGCCCACGGUGCCCUCGCCCUCGCAGAGGACAGAGAGAACGGCUGGCAGCAGUGCGACUGCCACGGGACCUGUGCGUGUUGGGGAUAUCAGCAACAGACAGCCUCGGCCUCCACCUCAAACCAGCCAGCAGCCAAGUACGUGGGUGUAACUUAGGUAUAGGUACCAGUAUCUUGGCAAUGAUGAAUGUGCUUUGAAACAGGA